UAUAUUUAAUUCAAAGGAAAUACUACAGGAGCACAUAUCUGCAGUCUAAUUAUAAUGCUGAGGCUGGUUUAGCUUUAUGUGUCAGAGCAUGGGGGGUGCAGCAGGCCUAAAGUUGCUGAGUACAGCAACUAGAAGACGUAAGUAAACAGAGUAAAAAACAAAUAUUUAUCAGUAGCAAUAUCAAUGUAGUGAAUUAUUCAGAGACAACACAUUCAGCAAGCAGAGCUCAGAAAAAUACAUUCAGGAAGGAAAUUAAAACAGCUGCAGGUGUACAGAUGUGAAGCAGAACCUGCAUCUAUUUAUAGAUGCCAUGCAAUAACAUAGGAUGCACACAAUACGUUCAGUAAUUCCCACCGCAUGCCUGUUUGCAUACAGAAAUGUUUAUAUUGCUUUCAUGUGAUAUAUGACCCACUGCUACAAAUCCUCCAGCUGGCAGCUCAUUGAGGUCUCUUUACAGCACAUGACAUUAACGGAGACGGCUCAGCUGCUUUGCUUUAGUUAUUAGCCAAAGUGCUAAUCUUAUACACUCAAGGUCUUCCUGUCUGAGUGGAAAAAUACAGGAGGGAAGUGGCAUUAGAUCGGAUCUUUGUCACAGCCAAACCUUUUUUUUUUUCCUAAUGCCACACAGCGUAACGUGCAGACCAAUCCGGCAAUAAUUGGGUCAGAGGAGCUAAAGCAGACCACGGUUACUUUGUUUCUCACUUUGGCUCUGUUCAUGACUGUUGUAAUAGUAAUUUUACAAUGUAUGUUGAAGGAAUAUUACUGCCCUCUGUUGGUGUGUUUGUGCAUUACAUGCAAUAAAAGGUGUUCGUUAAAAACAUCAAUGACAUGUCUGCUGUGUAGAGCUCUUGCAGUGUAACCUGCUGAAAGGAAUACUGAUCAGUUUUCUGGGGCUGGAAAGGGGCUCUUGGGGGCGGGAGUUUGGUGAUGGAGAGCAUGCCGAGGGAAUUUCUUAAAGGAAACAGCCUGGAGGCACCCGGGCAAGAAAAAGGUCUCAUGAAGAAGACUCAGUUGCUGGACCGCGGCCAGUGGGCGAGCAAGUUGGAGUUUCUGCUGGCCGUAGCAGGGACAUUGGUCGGGCUGGGAAACCUUUGGAGGUUCCCCUACUUGUGCUACAAAAAUGGGGGAGGUGCAUUUCUGAUUCCCUACGUCCUGUUUCUGCUUGCUUGUGGCAUCCCGAUGUUCCUCCUGGAAACAGCCAUGGGACAGUUCACAUCUCAGGGAUGUAUCACGUGCUGGAGGCACUUCUGCCCCUUGUUUGAAGGUAUUGGAUAUGCAACCCAGGUAGUGAUUGCAUAUGCUGCUGUGUCAUACAUUGUGAUCCAGGCAUGGGCGUUCUUCUACCUGUUUUCAUCCUUCAGUGCUGAGAUUCCAUGGGCCAGCUGCAGGAACUCCUGGAACACAGAGUCUUGUUUUGAAUUUGAUAAAGCAAAUGCGUCAUCCAACUGGACAGCAGCUGCAAAUGCAACAACACCAGCAACAGAAUUCUGGGAGAGAAGAGUACUGGGUAUAUCUCAAGGGAUUGAGGAGAUUGGUAGCCUGAGGUGGGACUUGGCUUUGUGUCUCUUACUGGCAUGGAUCAUUUGUUACUUCUGUGUUUGGAAAGGAGUGAAAUCCACUGGAAAGGUAGUUUACUUUACGGCCACUUUUCCCUACGUGAUGUUGGUGGUUCUGUUAGCUCGUGGACUCACUUUACCAGGAGCCAUAAACGGCUUAGCUUUUUACCUGUAUCCUGACCCCACAAGGUUGGUGGACCCUCAAGUUUGGAUGGACGCAGGUGCACAAGUUCUUUUCUCCUUUGGGAUUUGUCAGGGGAGUUUGACGGCUCUGGGCAGUUACAAUAAGUAUGACAAUGAUUGUUACAAAGACACAUUUGUUCUGUGUUUGGUGAACGGCGGAUCCAGUUUUGUUGCAGGGUUUGCAAUCUUUUCUGUUCUGGGGUAUAUGUCCUACGAACAAGGACUGCCAAUAUCAGAAGUGGCAGCUUCUGGACCUGGCUUGGCAUUUAUUGCCUAUCCGCGCGCGGUAGCCAUGAUGCCCUUACCUCAAUUAUGGGCUAUAUGUUUCUUCAUCAUGGUCAUCUUGUUGGGGGCAGAUACACAGUUUGUGAGUUUGGAGUGUUUGAUGACCUCAGUGACCGAUAUGUUCCCCAGUGUGUUUCGAAGAGCUUAUCGUCGAGAAUUGCUGCUGCUCUGCCUCUGCUCUGUUUGCUUUUUUCUCGGCCUCCUCCUCGUCACCGAGGGGGGCUUGUAUUUCCUUCAACUCUUUGAUCAUUAUGUGUGUAGUGGAAACAAUCUUCUCCUUCUUUCUGUGUGUCAGUCGAUAGCGAUUGGAUGGAUAUAUGGUGCUGAUCGUCUUUAUGACAACAUUGAAGACAUGAUAGGUUAUCGUCCCUGGCCUCUAAUGAAGCAUUGUUGGCUUUACGUUACCCCUGCCGUGUGUCUAGGUACUUUUGUCUUUUCAAUUGUGAGAUACAAGCCUCUCAAGUUCAACAAAACCUACGUCUAUCCGACCUGGGCGUACGCGUUGGGCUGGUUUCUUGGACUGUUUUGUGUUCUUCUGGUUCCUCUGUGGAUCAUCUUUAAAGUUACUACAAUGAAAGGGACAAUUUGGCAGAACCUCAGGCAGCUUUGCGUCCCUCAGAGCAGGACGCACAGGAAAGCAAAGCAGCCCGAGCAGUGCCCUUUAAACCCAGACAACACUCUUACUCCUGUUGCCAGCGAAUACAAGGGAAGAGGUGGAGCUGAGAUGGAGAUGCAAGUCUGAAAACCGUAACAUUUUUACGAAUUUUUCAGAUGUGAUGUUUUUAUUUUAUUUUAAACUCAAGGUUUUGUAAAGAAAAUACUGAUAAGAUAAUUAAUUCCGAAUACUUCCAGCAGGGUUCAGAGGCAUGUACUACGAAGCAGGUCGAGUUUUGAGAGACCGUGUAGACUAGUGACUAUCGGGGUAACUUUAUUCCCCGCUACAUUUUUUGUCUUGCUAGCAGCAAACAGUUUCAAAUCAUUCCAGUGUUUGGUAGGCUCUUAUUUAGCACCACAAUCCUCAAACAAAAGCACUUGAGCCUUGUAGGUGACUUUCUCGUUAGAUUUACAAACUUUUUGCUUUCCCACAAACACUGCCACAAUUUUAUCUGAUUGAUAGAAUCCAUACUUGUUAUUGUGUUGAGAUGUACUUGUAAUGAUGUGGCAGUAAUAUUGAUAAGCCUAUGAACGUAGGCAGCUGGCAUGUUUUAAGAUGAUUUUUUUUCUAAAUUUUCUUCUGCAUCCCUGCAUGAUGAAUCUGUCUUACACUGCCUGGUCAAAAAAAAGGAAGAAAGAAAAGCAACCGCCCAUAUUUAAAUAAGCAAGCUGGUAAGAGGAUGAUGGUGACCCAUCAUGGUGAACAAUCAUCUUGGGAAAAAGGAUGAUGGGUUUUUUCCCCCCACUCUGCCUUACAUCUUUUUUUUAUGAAGCUAAGAGCAUUUCCACAUUGUUAAGACAAUACCAGUUGUGUAACCUUGGGAAAACCACUUAUCAGGGAGGCUAAUUGGUGAAAAAUGCCAAAAUGCAAAACAAAAGAUGAGGUCAGACUACCUAAAUGUACUGAAUUACCAACAAUGUGGGGGUUUUUUUUCUUUCAUGAUUCCAAGAAGACAAAUUCAGGAUUCAGCAGGCUCAAACUGUGAAAGAGUUGUUUGGGGAACAUGAGAAUCAGCGGACACAAAGUCCAUACAAUACAAGAUCUUAGUGAAAAAUUUGUGCAACUCUUGCUUAAGAUUAUCAAAACGAUACUGUGGGGAAUUUGUGUUGUCAUCAAACCAUGAAGGUAUUCUAACAAAAUAUUUGAGUGUGCGAUUUGUUUUUUUGACUUGGCAGUGUAAAUUUUUUAAUGGCCUUUUGUUGUUGUUGUUGUUGUUGAAAGUGUUACUUGCUCCCUUUGAAAGAAAUAUAUUAAUAUAAUAUUCUUGUGCCAAAAGUUCCCAUUCGAUAUGAAGGCAACUCAAUACUGAGUCUACUCACCAACAUCUCAGUUCCUUUGUAGUGUCAUAUACCACAAACACCACUCAAGUUGAGUUUGGGUUUGUUUGUUUUUUUUAAUGACCACAGGGUAAAUUAGUUAAAGUACUUCGGCCUCAGGUACAGCCCUCGGGUCUCUGCAAUGUGCACAAUAAGCAAUAAUGUGUCACCGUGAGGCAUAGAGCAAUAACACACUUUUGACAUAACAAGGUUUGUGAAGUUUGCCAACACUUUUUUCACUAAAGGAUAAAGUAUUACAGCCUGUCACCUUGCUCAAGGAUCAGAAGAUGCCAGUUAUUGCCGUCCACUAAAAUGCACUGUGACCUCAGAUUUUUACACAAUCUGAAAAAACACAAACAAAAAGAUAAAGUUGCAGCUGAUGUGUUCACUGAAUGAAGAAUGAUUUGGAUACAGUGAGCUCAAUAUAUAUUUUAGACACUGACACGGUUUCUGUUAUUUUAGCUGUGUGGGUAGGUAGAUUAUAUUUGUUAUGUACAGUUAUGAAUUUGAUGUAGCUGUGGAUUUGAGAUUUGAUUUGGGGGUUGAACAAAAAUAUUGCUUUAAUCAUUUACAAAUUCUUGCAAUAUUUAUAUACUGUCCGUCAUCUUGAGGGGCUCAAUUGUAAUUGCACUAAAGCUAUUUCAUUGA